AUGUCAUUAGCUAUUGAAUAAUCUAUUGAUUACUCAUAUAUUAGAUUACCAUUCGAAGUCAUUGUUAAAUGUAUGAAUAUUUAUAAAGUAUAAGAAUUUAAGAGCACAAGAAAAUAAUUAGAACAUGAUCUAACAAUUACCUUAAGUUAGAUUGCUCAUAUUAAUUCAUCAGAAAAGGCGGAUUUGGUAAUAGAAAGAAUUCGUUCAAUUUAGAAGGCAUUACAUGAAAAUUAGGAACAUGAAAAACAAUAUGUAGAAUCUUAUCUUUAAAGAUUAAAAUGUGAAGAAUGUGGAAAUGAAAUAAAGUUACAAAGAUCAUUAAUUGAUAAUCUAUUAAGAGAAGGAUAUUUCAAAACAGCAUAAAAAUUGAUAUAAUCUUAUUAAAUCCAAGUAUUAUAAAAAAAUAUUAUAAAAAGAAUCUAACAAGUUUUGAAUAAGAAAUUAUUAUAGAGGCUAAUACAAUAAUUAAAGAUUUGAAAAGUAAAUCUAUAAAAAAUGCAUUUAAAUGGUAUCAAUAGAAUUCUAGUAAAUUAAAAAAAUUGAAUAGUUCAUUUUAAAAUGAUUUAGUAUUCUAAUAGUAUAUUGAAUAUUUGAAAUAAGAUGCAAAUAUUGCAUUGAAUUAUAUAAGAGAUUAUCAAAUUUAUAUGAAUUAAGAGAGUAUAUAAAAAUGUAUGGGAUGUUUGUUAUUUAUAAAAUAAAAGACAAUGCCUCCUUAAUACUAAUAAUAUUUCGAUGAUAAAAGAUGGGAUUUAUUGAUUAGAUAAUUUAAAUAAGAAUUAUAUGAUGUUUAUUGUUUUCCAAAAGAAUCUCCUUUAUUAAGCUUUUUAAAAUGUGGAAUUACAACAUUAAAAACAUAAUAUUGUGAUUAAAUUGAUUAUUAAUAAGUGAAUAGAUGUCCUAUUUGUAAUAAAUAAAUGUAAGAAUUAUCAAAGGAUUUGUUGACAACAUAAAAGUUAGGAUCAACUUGGAUUUGUAGAAUAUCAGGAGAACUAAUGGAUGAAAAUAAUCCACCUAUGAUGUUACCAAAUAAUUAAGUUUAUAGUUAGAAAUCAUUAUUAUAAAUGAGUGAAUAAUAAAAUGGAUAGGUACAUUGUCUAGUAACGAAACAGACAUUUAAAAUAAGUGAAUGUGUUCGAGUGUUUUUAACUUGA